CGCACAGCGUUGUCUUUGCGCGGCCGAAUAGCUCGCAAAGCCAAGUUACGCGCUCCCAGGGCGGCUCGACACCGCGCCAUUUUACGCGUGCGUCAGCGCAAGCGCUGAGCCGCCGCGAAAACAGCCCCAGCACAAUAACCACAACUGCACCAAAAUAACAGGAUGAGCUCAUUCGGCGGUGCGCCGCCGCCUACACGCGCCCACAGCCCGCCGCGCAACGGCACGACGACGCCCACACCAAGAAGCCCUGCUGCGAAGCGCUACAAGAGCGACGGCGUCGGCGACGGCCCCGCGCCGCCGCGCGUCCGGACGCCGACGCGGUCGCCGCGGCGCUCGAGCCAGGGGUCGCCGGCGCCGGGCCGCUCGCCCUCGGACCGCUUCAUCCCCAACCGGACGAGCAUGGACUUCGACGAGGCCAAUCAUGCAUUAAGUGUGGUCGCGUCACCCCAACGAAAGAAGGGCGACGACCCGGCGGCGAACGCCCGGCCCGUCGAGGUGGAGUUUCGGCGGGCCAUGCGGUCCGCGCUGCUGCCGCGGUCGUCCGGCGGCGGUCGCCGGAGCUCCGGCGGCGCCGACUCGCCGCGAAGCCCCCCUCACUCCGCCUCAAAAAUAUUCAGAUUCGGCGCCGAGGUGCAGAACCGGCCCGACCGCUUCCGAUCCGCGCUGGAAGUCAUCGCGGACCCGCGCCAGGAGCCCGGCAACGACGCGCGGACGGCGGCUCUGGCGCGGCCCGUGCCCACCAAACCCUCUCGUAUCCUCGACGCGCCGGACAUCGUCGACGACUACUACCUCAAUUUGUUGAGCUGGUCGUCGUCCAACGUGCUGGCCGUGGCCCUCGCGAACAACGUCUACCUUUGGAACGCGGCGACGAACGAAGUGUCGGAAUUGUUACAGUUAGAACAGGGCGACUGCGUCACGUCCGUGAGCUGGGCGCCGGGCGGGUCCCACCUGUGCGUGGGCACGGACAGCGCGGCGGUCCAGCUCUGGGACGCGUCGCGCAUGGCGCUGGUCCGGUCGAUGCGGGGCCACACGGCGCGCGUCGGGAGCCUGGCGUGGAAUCCCGUGCGUUUUUGCGGCGUCCCCUUUUUUCCUUGCCCUUCGCGGCGAUGGCGUCGACGCGACGUCGACCGACGCGGCGCCGGCCCCGGGGGCGCGGCUGCCCGAGAUUACGCCAUCGACGCGCCGCCGACGCGACGUCACACAGGUCUCGCGCUGCGUCAACAGCGGUUCUAGAGACGCUCUGGUCUUACAGCACGACGCGCGGGCGAGGCAACAUCGGACGGCCACCCUAGUCGGCCACCAGCAGGAGGUCUGCGGCCUGUCGUGGUCCGCCGACGGCGCGACGCUCGCGUCAGGAGGCAACGAGAACUAUCUAUGUCUGUGGGACGCGGCGCGGUCGGGCCAGGCGCAGCCGAGCGAGUGCGCGCCGCGGGCCAUCAUGCGCCAGCACCAGGCCGCCGUCAAGGCGCUGAGCUGGUGCCCCAUGCACCGCAACUUACUAGCUUCGGGCGGCGGGACUGCUGAUAGGACGAUAAAAUUCUGGAACGCGCAUACCGGUGCUAUGUUACAUUCCGUCGACACGGGCUCUCAAGUCUGCGCCUUGUUAUGGAGCCGGCACCACAAGGAAAUCGUGUCGUCGCACGGCUUUUCCCAGAAUCAAUUAUGCUUGUGGCGCUACCCGUCGAUGACGAAGCUCUGCGAGCUGACCGGGCAUACGGCUAGAGUGUUGCAUUUAGCCCAGUCGCCGGACGGCGAGACGGUGGUGUCCGCGGCGGCGGACGAGACGUUGAGAUUUUGGUCCAUCUUCGGCGGCGGGCCGACGUCGGCGGCGCGGCGCAAGGGCCGGAUGCGGGACAUGCGCUUGUCGUCGGUUGGGGGGGAGAUGUCGAUCCGGUAAGAUUCGCGUGUAUUUUUGUUUGUGGGGUCGCUUCAAAUGUGUCUGGUGUCUAGCGUUCAUAGACUUUUGGACUUUUCCGUUACAACAUUAC